AGGAUCGAGUUACUCUACGCCCCAUCUUUAAGCCCCGGCCAGAGCUCCGUUAGCCGCGGGACAACGCUCGGGAGACGGCUGGGAUCCAGUCCGCCGGGGAGAGCGACGCGAAACCUCCACUCUCAUGCCUUGAAGGAUCGGACUAAACCGCAUUCACACGGAAUUCUGAGAAUGAUAGAAACGAUGGAUACCCAGCGUGCCUUGCAGGCGGUGGAGCGCCUCCAGGCCAAACUGAAGGAGAGAGGGGAGGUGCCCACCGAGGAGAAGCUCAGCCUGCUCAAAUCCGUCCUCCAGAGCCCCCUCUUCCACCAGAUCCUGGCCCUGCAGAAAUCUGUCCAGCAUCUCAAAGAUCAGGGGACCGUCCCAUCAUCAGCACAAGGGAGUGACCUCGGCAAUCACGGCGCUGCAAUCAAGCCCAACGGCAGCCAUGUUUCCUACUCAGACGUCUCAGCGGCGGCACACGUCAACGGCAAGACAUCCUCAGAGGAAUUCGAACAUAUUAUACACUCAAUGGCACAGGGCCGCUACGUGGCAACCGUGGAGCUUCACAAGGCGGUGUCAGGAGGCCUGGGCUUCAGCGUGGUGGGCCUAAAGAGCGAAAACCGCGGAGAGCUGGGCAUUUUCAUCCAGGAGAUUCAGCCGGGAAGCGUUGCCGACUGCGAUGGAAAACUCAAAGAGGCCGACCAGAUCUUGGCCAUCAACGGCCAGCCCCUGGAUCAGACGGUGACCCACCAGCAGGCGAUCAGCAUCCUCCAGAGCGCCUCGGAGAAGGUGCAGCUCACAGUGGCUCGGGGGCCGAUUCCUCAGCUGGUGAGCCCCGUGGUGUCCCGCACGCCCUCUGCUGCCAGUACUCUGUCGGCCAGCUCCAGCGCGUGGCAGCACGUUGAGACGAUCGAGCUCGUCAACGACGGCACCGGUCUCGGCUUCGGCAUCGUCGGAGGAAAAACCACUGGGGUUAUAGUGAAAACCAUACUGCCUGGAGGCAUAGCUGAUCAGGAUGGCCGCCUGCGCAGCGGCGACCACAUCCUCAGGAUCGGAGACACCGACUUGCUCGGCAUGGGCAGCGAGCAGGUGGCGCAGGUCCUCAGGCAGUGCGGCAACAGGGUGAGGCUGGUUGUUACGAGGGGCCCUUCGGAGGAGAGUCCGUCUGCCGUCAUGCCCGUGGUGCUCCCCACGGUCAACGAACAGCAGGGUUAUGAAGAGGAAGAGGAGGCCGAAGCGUUCGACGUGAGUCUGACCAAGAACGCACAAGGACUGGGAAUCACCAUUGCUGGCUAUGUUGGAGAUAAGAAUUCAGAGCCCUCGGGUAUCUUUGUGAAGAGCGUAACAAAAGACAGCGCCGUAGAUCAAGAUGGUCGCAUUCAUGUUGGAGACCAGAUAAUAGCUGUGGACGGCGUGAACAUCCAGGGAUACACCAAUCAGCAGGCGGUGGAGGUGCUCAGACACACCGGUCAGACGGUCCACCUUAAGCUGAUCCGGCGGGGCUUCAGGCCCGAGGAGAUCCCCCCCGCCGUGACGCCCAGCGUCGCCGUCCUGCCCCCGUCCACCACCAUCCCCACCACCGCCACCGUCAUGAGGGAGCUGGAGCAGGAGAGGAGGAAGGCCGACGAGGCUGCCCAAGUCGCCACAGAUGAAAAGCAGCCGCAGACAAAGACUGAAGGAUCUGAUGUCAGCGCAGCCACGGAUCAGCUCACAAAAGACAAACAUGGGCUGAAGUUAACAGCUUUUGAAGAGGUUGAACUGAUGAAGAAGUGGCAGAAGAUUCUGGGUCCAAGCAAUGAAGUAGUAGUGGCUCAGGUGGAGAAGUUUACCGAGGCCAGCGGCCUGGGCAUCAGUCUGGAGGCCAGCGGCGGACACCAUUACAUCCGCUCCGUCCUUCCUGAGGGACCCGUUGGGCGCUGCGGCAAGCUGUUCAGCGGAGACGAGUUGGUUGAGGUGAACAGUAUUCCUCUGAUUGGCGAGACUCACAAAGAGGUGGUGAGAAUCUUGAAGGAGCUGCCGCUUCACGUCUACAUGACGUGCUGCAGACCGGCGCCCGAUCUGCAGACUGACCUGAACACUGCCCAACCGCAACCGGACACCUUGUCCACAGUAACUAAAAUAAAGAAUCAAAUAGAGCGCAGUGGCGUGCUGGUUCCAGAAGAUUCGGAGGUGAACACGGGAGCAGCGACACUGGAUAAUGUGACCGAGGAGGCGAUAGGAUGUCCUCUGGCGAUGUGGGAGCACGAGAUCCAGAAUAUCGAGCUCGAAAAGGGCGAAGGGGGAUUGGGAUUCAGCAUUUUGGAUUAUCAGGAUCCGCUGGACCCGGCCAAGACGGUGAUUGUGAUUCGCUCCCUGGUCCCCGGGGGUGUCGCGGAGAGGGAUGGCAGACUGUUGCCAGGAGACCGGCUCAUGUAUGUUAACGCCACAAACCUGGAGGACGCCAGCCUGGAGGACGCAGUCCAGGCCCUGAAGGGGGCCAAGUUCGGGAUGGUCCAGAUCGGGGUUGCCAAACCGCUGCCUGGAAUAUGUGGAUAUUCCCACUCUCUCCACCCAUAUGGUGAGCAAGAAGUAACUUCAUCAUCCUCCAUCCAUUCAUUUGACUACAACAAUAUUUUGGUUGAAGAAGGAGAGGAAGAAGGACUGACUGAGGGAAUCCUUUACCGAGCUGAGCCUGCAUUGAUCGACACCAGCGAGGCGGACCUGUCCGACGAAAAGGUCCUGGAUCACACCUUCUCCGGGCUGGAGGAUGACACUUUCCAGGCGUCCAUGAUGGCUCUGCAUGGCAGCAGCUGCAGCUCAGACCUGGAUUACCUGCACUCGUCCACACCUAAGCUGUCGGCUCGCCUGAACCUGCUGGAGGACCACUCCUGCUUAGAGGACAACAGCCAGGCUUUUCCUCCCGAGAUGCCGACCUCUUACGCCCCUCCGAGUCUGACGGGUCACACCCCGGCUUUUAGCGCCGCUCUGAGCGGCUCUGAUCAGUACCUGUCACACAGCCCCGGAAAGGAAGAGCCGGCGGACUGCUCAGAGCCAUACAGCCGUUUUCCAGAAAUGGGAAGCAGAUCUAACGUCCAGGGGGAGCACGGCGUCUCUUUUGCAGAUAUAUCAGCUUUGAUCAAGGACGGGGAGGAUGGUGUGAAGGAAUCGGCAGAAGACGGCGACAAAGAAGCUCUGACCUCAGGGAGCAGUUUUGAAAGGACCAUCACAGUUGUCAAGGGCAACUCCAGCCUGGGGAUGACAGUGAGCGCGAUGAAAGGCGGCUUGGGGAUGCUCAUCCGGAGUAUCAUCCACGGCGGCUCCAUCAGCCGCGACGGCCGCCUGGGCGUGGGGGAUCUCAUCCUGGGGAUCAACGGGGAGGCCACCGCCAACCUGACCAACGCCCAGGCCCGCGCCAUGCUCAGGAGGCACUCUCUGAUCGGACCCGAACUGGGAUCUGCUUGUGCACCUGAGGACGAUUUGUGCCCAUUUUAUGUCAUUACAUAUGUCCCAGCUGAGUAUCUGGAGGAGUACAAGGCCAGUCUGGAACAAGUUAAGGACGAGGUCUUCGACGAAACUGCUCCAGCUCCAAAAGUUAUUCCUAACCUCCCUGAGCGUGAAGAUGGCGAGGGAGAGGAGAGUGCCUCUUAUAGCAACUGGAACCAACCGAGAAAAGUGGAGCUUUUCCGAGAGGCGGGCAAGUCCCUGGGGAUCAGUAUCGUGGGGGGCCGCGGGAUGGGCAGCCGGCUGAGCAACGGGGAAGUUAUGAGGGGCAUUUUCAUCAAGCACAUCUUGGAGGACAGCCCUGCCGGACAGAACGGGACCCUGAAGACCGGAGACAGGAUUGUUGAGGUGGAUGGAGUGGAUCUGAGAGAUGCCAGCCACGAGGAGGCGGUGGAGGCCAUACGAAGGGCAGGGAACCCCGUUUCCUUCCUGGUUCAGAGUAUCAUCCAUCGGCCCAGGUCAUCGACGACAGACUCCAGUGAGGAGCGAGCCGCAGCUCUGACCAGGAACAUCAAGGACAAGGAGGCUGACAGUCACUGUAGACUUGUCCUCCGCCUCUCCCCAACUAACCCUUUCACUCCUACCCCGUUUAAGCUGGCCAAGCGUGAAGCAGCCAGGGCGUCUCCCAGCAGCUCGGCCGCCCCCCUGCCAGUGGUGCCCCAUGUGGGAGAGACUGAUACAGACUCGCUGACAGAGACUCCUGGCAAACCCUCAGAGACGGCCAAGGAGAAGAAAGAGGAGGAGGAGGAGGAGGAGGAGGAGGAUGAGUUCGGAUACAGCUGGAAGAAAGUGAUCCAGCGGUACGGCCGCCUCCCGGGCGUCCUCCACAUGAUUGAGCUGGAGAAAGGCAAGACGGGCCUGGGCCUCAGCCUGGCGGGGAACAGGGACCGCUCUCGCAUGAGUGUGUUCGUGGUGGGGAUCGACCCCAGCGGGGCGGCCGGCAGAGACGGACGCAUGGUGGUUGGUGACGAGCUCCUCGAGAUCAACGGACAGGUCCUCUACGGCCACAGUCAUCAGAACGCAUCGUCCAUCAUCAAGAGCUCUCCAUCUAAGGUCAAGAUCAUCUUUGUCAGAAACACGGAGGCGCUGAGCCAGAUGGCGGUGGGACCCGUGAGAGAGCCCGAGGGAGACGCCGCGGAGCCCCACGCCGAGCCAGAAACCACCGCUGCUAAUGGAGACGCCGAGAGUUCAAAGUGUGUUCAUCAGAUCGUCAAGCUGAAGGAGGACGGAGGAUUCGGCAUCACUUUCGUUGAGGGCAACACCGACGCCGGAGUCGAGAUCCACAGUAUAUAUGAAGUAAAGGGUCACAGUGAAAAAGAAGGCUGCAUGAAACCAGGGGACAAACUCCUAGCGGUGAACGGCGAGUCAGUGCUCGGAUACCCAGUUGAACAAGUCAAAUCUCUUCUGAGAAAAGCCAAAGGCCCAGUGAAGCUAACCUUCUCUACAGACGAGACUCCCUCCUUCUCCUCUCCCCAGUCAGCCUUCCAGGACGCAGGCUGCUCAGACGUCGUCCUGGCCAGCCUACCCAGCAUGCCUCACACCUGCCCCGCUACUCUGAAUCAACCCGAGGCAGAUCCUGCCCCCAGUCUCAGUCGCUCGUCCACUCCGUCCACCCUGGCCUGUGACCCCACCACUUGUCCCAUCAUCCCCGGCUGUGAGACCACCAUCGACAUCUCAAAGGGCCGCACCGGCCUGGGCCUCAGCAUCGUGGGAGGCUGCGACACCCUGCUGGGGGCCAUCAUUAUCCACGAGGUUUAUGAAGAAGGGGCGGCCUCCAAAGACGGGAGACUGUGGGCAGGAGACCAGAUCCUGGAGGUAAACGGCAUCGACCUUCGAGCGGCGAGUCACGACGAAGCCAUCAACGUGCUGCGGCAGACCCCGCAGAGGGUCCGGCUGUCGGUCUACAGAGACGAGGCCCAGUACAAGGAGGAGGACCUGUGGGACUCCUUCACUGUGGAGCUCCACAAGAAGCCGGGCCAGGGCCUGGGACUGAGCAUCGUAGGGAGGAGGAACGACACCGGAGUGUUUGUGUCCGACAUCGUCAAGGGAGGUCUGGUGGACAGCGACGGCCGGCUGAUGCAGGGCGACCAGAUACUGUCGGUGAACGGCGAGGACGUCCGGUCCGCCACCCAGGAGGCCGUGGCCGCGCUCCUGAAGUGCUGCGUGGGGCCCAUCAAGAUGGAGGUGGGGAGGUUUAAGGCGGGCCCCUUCCACUCGGAGAGACGGCUGUCUCAGAGCAGUCAGAUGAGUGAAACAGGAAGCCCUAAAGUGUCCAAUCCAACCUGCUCAGACGCUGAAAACCAGCCUGGUGAAUCCGACAAACCGAGCAGAAGUGAAGACCCUGCAGAGCAUCAGGACGUCAGGACUGUGGAGUUCACCAAAGGCCCCAGUGACACUCUGGGCAUCAGUAUCGCAGGCGGGGUCGGAAGCCCCCUGGGAGACAUCCCCAUCUUCAUCGCCAUGAUGAACCCCGUCGGCCUGGCGGCGCAGACCCAGAAGCUGAAGAUCGGGGACCGGAUCGUCAGCAUUUGUGGAAACUCCACUGAGGGAAUGACUCACUCGCAGGCCGUGGCUCUGCUGAAGAACGCAACGGGAACCAUUCAGCUGCAGGUUGUUGCAGGCGGCGACACGACCGUCACGGGACCCCCUCAGGAGCAGGCCGCCGGGGGUCUGGCGAGCAGCAGCAUCUUCCAGGACGAUUUAGGCCCCCCUCAGUAUAAGAGCAUCACUCUGGAGAGGGGGCCGGACGGCCUGGGCUUCAGCAUCGUCGGAGGCUACGGCAGCCCUCAUGGAGACCUGCCCAUUUAUGUCAAAACCGUUUUUGGAAAGGGUGCAGCAGCAGAGGAUGGCCGUCUGAAGAGAGGAGACCAGAUUAUGGCGGUGAACGGGCAGAAUCUGGAGGGCGUCACACACGAAGAAGCUGUCGGCAUCUUGAAGAGGACCAAAGGAACUGUCACGCUCACUGUGCUGUCGUAGACACACACACCCCACACACACACACACACACACACACACACACACACUCUUCGCUACUUCUCUACAGAGGCUGAAACUUCACAGCAGAAGGCACAAGUCACACACAGUGAAACCUUACACACUUCCACACACACCGUCUGUCAGCUAUUAUUUUGUGAACAGUGUCUGAAACAUUCCCAGACUCCGGAAUAAAGUAAUUAAAGUAUUCAGUGGACUUUCUGAUCAUCUUAUCUGGUGUUAAAAUGAAAGACCUGUAACUAUUUGUCACAGCAGAGUGCAAAGAGCACGUCUAUCGCAUUUCUACAUAUGAGAAGCUUUUUUUCUUUUCUUUUUUUUUUUAACCAUCUAAAGUAUUUUGACCUCCUGUUAAAUUCAUUAAAUCUCCCUCGAGGCCGUCGGAGGUCAGCAGGAUUGAUCUGAUGAUCGGAUUAUCUAGUAGUAGCAUUCCUCGUCUUUGUGUUGCUUUGCUGCCGACAAAUCAUUGUACUUUUUUUUAUUUUAUUUCUUCUCUUUUUAAAUACUGACGCUGCUGUAACCGGUGUUAUCAUGAAGUCUCUGUUCUCGCAGACCUGAUCAGGAAAGAAGAGAUUCUGUAAACGCACACUGUGUUGAAGAUAAGAUGUGAAAUUUUCAGUGUGUGUGUGUGUGUGUGUAUGUGUGUGUGUGUGUGUGUGUGUGAGAGAGAGACCCACUCACUGAAAAACAGUGCUGCUAAAGCUCAUAUAUAAAGGUAUUAUUUCACAGUAUUUUUUUGUUUUUUUCCAAGUGUUAAGCGUUGCUCUCUUCACGCGUGUGCACAGGAAAAGUCAAUGAAGUGUUAUUUAGGUUUCGUAUGGACGAACGUUUCACACUGUUUCAGAUCACACUGGCGAGUGACUUCAGCCCAAUUUGACCUCAUUGUUUGACUCAGCGGUCUGCAGUUGUGUGAAAUCGUCGGGCACGUGUCGUACAUGCUGAGUAGUUAAGGAGGAAAACAAAACAAACUCUUUUCUGUAUUAUCACCUUAAAUGUGUUACUGUACUGUCCCAACUGAUAGUACUGAAUUUGUUCACACUGAAUGAAAUAAAAGUGACCUUUGGAUGCAGUCGGUUUUCUCUUGU